AUGAUUUUAAGCCAGCGUCUAUAGACACUUCCUGUGAAGGAGAGCUUCAGGUUGGCAAAGGAGAUGAAGUCACCAUUACACUGCCACACAUCCCUGGAUCCACACCACCAAUGACCGUGUUCAAGGGGAACAAGCGGCCUUACCAGAAGGACUGCGUGCUCAUCAUCAACCAUGAUACGGGAGAGUAUGUCCUGGAGAGACUCAGCAGCAGCAUCCAGGUGAAGAAAACGAGAGCUGAGGGCAGCAGUAAAAUCCAGGCCCGAAUGGAGCAGCAACCCCCUCGUCCCCCACAGCCAUCACAGCCACCACCGCCUCCACCACCCAUGCCAUUCAGAGCUCCCACGAAGCCUCCAACUGGACCCAAGACCUCCCCCUUGAAAGAUAACCCCUCCCCUGAGCCUCAGCUGGAUGACAUCAAAAGAGAGCUGAGGGCCGAAGUCGACAUCAUUGAGCAGAUGAGCAGCAGCAGUGGCAGCAGCUCCUCGGACUCGGAGAGCUCCUCGGGAAGCGACGAGGACAGCUCCAGCAGUGGGGUUGAGGACGGUGGCCCUGCCUCGCCCCCCCAGCCGUCGCACCAGCAGCCCUACAACAGCAGGCCCGCCAUGGCCAAUGGAACCAGCCGGCCCCAGGGGAGCACCCAGCUCAUGAACACCCUCCGAAACGACCUGCAGCUGAGCGAGUCUGGCAGUGACAGUGACGACUAGUGCUGGCUCGCUCGUGGUUCACUCUUCGGUGCACACGCAGCUGCAAGGCCAGGCUCAGCGUAGAGCCGGUGCCCAGAGGACAGUGCUGUGGAUCAGUGACUAAUGGGAGUCCGAGGCUCUGGAGCGCUCCGACAUUCAACCCUUUAACUCAUGGUGGCGGGUGACCUUCUCGUGUAGUUUUUGAACAAUCUCGUGUUUCAGAGUUUAAGUAGAUCUAUAGAAGAACUAACCCUGAUAGUCCUGUUUGGUUAACAUCGUUAAUGAAAACAGACA